AUGUCCAGGUCUUCUGAGACCUCCUUCUCCGGCCCUGCCGCCAAGAUGAUGCGUCAAUCCUCUCGCCCCAACUCUCGCCUUCCUCCUCUCGCGCAUCGCUCCUCUUCGCCUCUAUCAUGCCGCAUGGUCAUUCUAUCCCGUGAUAAACUCCAACAUGAAACCUCCGCCCGCAGCCCCGAUCUCCGACGCUGCUUGGCCCACGAUCGAGUGCUCCGUCGAUCCGUCGAGAUCGCCCAAAAAGACAUGAAGAAGGCGAUUGCGGCGCUGCACAUCGACGAUAGUGACAGUGAGGAGGAGUUCGAUCCUGGCGCCGAAACUGCCCCUGUGACGAUCAUCCGCGACCAGAUUGCCAAUGCCGUGAAGUCGAUGGUUCGACGACGAUCGCCCGAGCGUGCCUCUGAGAAAAGUCGCUCGAAACCCGAGCUGGCUCGUGUAUCGUCCAACAGCAGCAGCAAAUCGUCCAGCUCGACUACCACACUCAGCAAAGUCCCUUCGUUCUCUUCCGUAUCGCGCAGGUAUGCUGUGCGGCUGGGACUCGGUCGUCGAUUGUGUUCGCCUUCGCCUGCGAUACAGCCAAUGGUAGGCUGA